AUGUUGCCUCGGAUCCCGGCCUUUAUCUUGUCCAGUACGGCAUUCCUGUCAAUAUGUAAGUGAUUUUUCAAUGAAACAAAAAUAUUUUUUUUUGUCCAAAUAUAAACGCAUUUUUUAGUAUAUUCAAAUUUCCAAAAUAUGCAAAUUUAAUUUUCACUAUUCAAAUUUCCUAAUCCUUCCGAUUCCAGUGAAAUCCGUGGAUUCCCAAGCCCUGAACGAUCCGAUUACACAAUACAUCGAGGGUCGUCUCGGGAAUCGGCGGAUAUUUUGGUGUCCCUCAGGCUAUGGCUACCUGGCCUACUGUCCCCAGCCCACGGAUUGGGACAAUUACAAUUGGUGUUGCACUUGGCCUUAUAUGGGAUCCUGGAAGCCCUCCUGUUGUCCGUUCGCCAUUCCCACCGGCGCUGUGGUCGCUAUCAUCAUUGGGAGCAUUGUGCUUGUGGGGAGUGAGUUUAAGAAUUUUUGGUGGUUUUUUUGAAAAUUUAGGGAAAAUUGAGAGGGAAAACUUGGGUAAAUAAGGUAAAAUACAAGGAAUUCAAAGGUCAUAUACAAAUUUGCACAAAAAAUAUUAAACUUUUGCUUUUCGAGCCAUAGUUUUUUAGUAACACUGAUAACGAUCUAUGGUAAAACAGGGAAGGAAAAAGACCGUGAUUUUGAACAAAACCUUUCUAAAAACUUAAUCAGAUUUAGGGUAAAAUACGACUGUAACGGGGUUACUUCCCCGCAGAAACAACACAAACCCGUGAAAAAGGGUCGUGUUAAAAUGUUCACCUCUCUAUGAAUAUAAAUACCGUCAUGAAAAUAAUUAUAAAAGAAUUGCGAAAGAUUAAUGAGGUAUUUCUGUUCAAAAGAAGAGUAGCUGAAUAGUCAUCAAGGUGAAGAAACAAAGUCGCCGGCCCAAGUAGUAUAGUGGUUAGUACUCCACGUUGUGGCCGUGGCGACACAGGUUCGAUUCCUGUCUUGGGCAAGGUUCAGCUUUUUUAGAGUUUCAUUUUGAUUUUAUAUUCAUAAUGAAGAAAAGUCGAAAUGUGUCGUAUUUUACAAUUUUGUAAUCCUUAAAAACUGGCAAGGCUUAAAACACGAUUUCUGACUCACUGAAUCAGCCGUGUGCAAGGCCGGGACAUAGGAAAUUUUCGAUUUUGAGAUUUACAGCUGGAUAUGUCCGCACCCAUCAUAUAAGUGUGUUCCUGAAGCCUUUUGCCCUAAUUCUCCCGUUAACCUUGUUUUAUUUACAAUUUAAGCAAUUUACAGUAACGUCAAAUAACUCAAAAUUGAGAAGAUACUGAGCCGUAAAAUUGUUACCAUAUAUGUUUUUGGGCACUGGGAAUCCAAUGGAGGUGAUUUCGGAUCGAAAGGAUUACUGUAACAUAGCAAACUUACGCUUCGGCCGCACAAAAUCGGCCGUAAAAAAGUUAUUUCUAAAAACCCACAGCUGAAUUUUUGAUAUGUUAAUCAGCAUAAAAUUCUGCCCUAGAAACAUUCAAAAAAAGUCCAAAAAUCCGUGUUGCUAUUUUCGUGGUAUAGUGGAUUUUGACAAAAUCUACCAAUCUGACGUCCCGGGUUCGAGUCCGGGUGGGCGCAAAUCACUGAGAAUUGAUCGGGAAUGACUUCAAUGGAGAGAAUAUAUAAGCUUGAGUUUAUUUUAAGUGAUUUUUAUAAGAUUCUGAAGAGUUUUCAGAUUUUUUGGUGGAAAAAAGCCGAAAAUACAACUUUUUGACAAAUCGUAUUUUACACUGUUUUUUUGUGUUCAUGGCACAAUAAAAACUUAUAUGUAACAAUUUUAAGGGGUUCUUCGACAAUCCCACCCGUUAAAAAAUUUGUUUAAUGUUGUACUUGACACCUGAUAAGCAGGAAGUGGAUAGAUCUUCCAGAUUGCACUUCCUUUUGCUCUGACUUGCCAAAUUGUCCGUAAAUGGUAUAACUAGCAUAAAAUUUCAAUUAUUUGGCGGGUAACCAUAAGAAAUCUAGUUUGAAAAUGAAAUUUUCUCCGCGUUUCAUCAAUUGUUCUAUAGAAGAAAAUCACUUCAAUAAUGAACCGUUUUCUGAAAAAAAUGUGAAGUAUGGUCACAAAGCAGUGAAUUACGCUGUCACUAGCCAAGAUUAUAGUUCCCACAGAUGUCUGCAUGAGGCAAGAUUAACAGAUACCAAGUAUAAUGUCCAAAUACUCAGGAAAUGGUUUCUACUUGUUGGAGACCCCUUAGAAACACUACAUAUACAUUCUUAUUGUGUCAUGAACACAAAAAAGCAGUGUAAAAUACGAUUUGUCAAAAAGUUGUAUUUUCGGCUUUUUUAGGCAAAAAAAAAUCUUAAAACUGUCAGAAUCUUAUCAAAAUCACCUAAAAUAAACUCAAGCUUAUAUAUUCCCUCCAUUGAAGUCAUUCCCGACCAAUUCUCAGUGAUUUGCGCCCACCCGGACUCGAACCCGGGACGUCAGAUUGGUAGAUUUUGUCAAAAUCCACUAUACCACGAAAAUAGCAACACGGAUUUUUGGACUUUUUUUGAAUGUUUCUAGGGCAGAAUUUUAUGCUGAUUAACAUAUCAAAAAUUCAGCUGUGGGUUUUUAGAAACAACUUUUUUACGGCCGAUUUUGUGCGGCCGAAGCGUAAGUUUGCUAUGUUACAGUAAUCCUUUCGAUCCGAAAUCACCUCCAUUGGAUUCCCAGUGCCCAAAAACACACAUGGCCACACUUUUUCGGCUCUACGUCUUCUCAAUUUUGAGCUAUUUUACGUUACUGUAAAUUUCUUAAAUUGUAAAUAAAACUAAGUUAACGGGAGAAUUAGGGCAAAAGGCUUCAGGAACACACUUAUAUGAUGGGUGCGGACAUAUUCAGCUGUAAAUCUCAAAAUCGAAAAAUUCCUAUGUCCACGGCUAAUUCACCGAGUCAGAAAUCGUGUUUUAAUCUUUUUUUGCUUUCUUGUUCUUUAUUUUUUUUAUUUUUGCGGGGACUAACCCCGUGGGAAUGGUAUUUUACAAUUUGCAGUAGGCGCAGUUGUAAUAUCAAAAAUGUGUAUAUAUAGUGUUUUUUCAAAAACAACCGCUUGAAAAGUAAACUAUGCGAUAUUUUCGUGUAGUUUUUAACUGGAACUAAAACAAGAAUUUUUAUCCGGAGUAUUUUUUUAACAAAAAAUCGAAAAAUCCCAAUUUCCGCGGAAGUUCUAAACUCCAUAAAAAUUGAAAUUCAUAGUCUAAGAAUCGAAAGUCGGGGUUUACACCCCACCAGCUUCGUAUUUUACAAUUAGAAAAAAUAAAAUCAGUAUUGCUUUUGAAAGUGUAAAUUUUGGCAAAACAAUUACAUAUUUUUAUCACUUCGAUGGUGCAAUUGUUAGGGAAUUGCAAGUUCCGGUUACGUAUUUUGUCCCAAAAAAGUUUUUACAUUCACAAAUUUUUAUCUAUAUUUUUUCGAUACCGAGUUAAAUUGGCCGUAUUUUACCUUCAAACCUUAUAAAAUUACAUUUUGUUUUCUCUAUUUUACCCUCUAAUCUCCGCCUUUUUCAGCGCUCAUUUUCCUCUCCUGUUGGUGCUGUUUCUGUUGUCCAUUAUACAAACAGCUGUACGAAUACGAGGACGAAGAAGAGAUACAGAAUCCGAAUCAGCAGAGAUUCGCCUAA